AUGGAAGCACCGGAUUACUUUGUCGGUGGAUACUACGGUGCCGGAGGAAUCGACCAAUUCUCGCCGGAGAAGCGUUACGGUCACGGUAAUCACGGUUACAGUGAUCAGAAGCCUUGUGAGCCUUUUGCCAUUGAUGACCUGCUUGAUUUCUCCAAUGCUGACGCUAUUAUGUCAGAUGGUUUCUUCGACAGUAAUGUCGCCGGGAAUUCAACCGACUCUUCCACUGUUACCGCAAUUGAUAGCUGUAACUCGUCAGGCUCAGCCGGUGAUAACCGCUUUGCAGCCACAAUUGUUCCCUGUGGUUUCGCCGGUGAUGUUCAGCUAACCGGAGAACUCUGUGUUCCGUAUGACGAAAUGGCGGAAUUGGAAUGGCUUUCGAAUUUCGUGGAAGAUUCAUACUCCGCGGAGGAAGAAUUGAAAACACUGCAACUUCUCUCCGGUGCCGGCGCUGUUAAACCACAGACACCGGAGUCAUCCUCUUCCACCGACACGCUUCCUCCGUUUUCCGCUGAUGAAAGCUUACGCAACGCUUCCUUUCUCCGGCCGGAAACACCUCUCCCAGGGAAAGCUAGGAGCAAACGCUCACGCGCGGCUCCAGGAGACUGGUCCACGCGCCUACUUCAUCUCCCCGACGCGCCAGUUUCUCAGAUGAAGAUUAUGCCGGUGAAGAAGCGUGAGGAUCCGAAUGCAGAAUGCUCAGGGAGAAAAUGUCUGCAUUGCGGUACCGACAAGACGCCGCAGUGGCGAACCGGACCGAUGGGACCAAAAACUCUGUGCAAUGCUUGCGGCGUGAGGUUUAAGUCCGGUAGGUUGGUGCCGGAGUAUCGACCGGCGGCGAGUCCAACUUUCGUUUCGGCGAAGCAUUCGAAUUCGCAUAGGAAAGUUCUGGAACUGCGGAGACAGAAAGAGAUGCAGAGAUCACAGCAUCAACAAAUUCUAACUCACAGUUCAAUUUUCGGCGUAUCCAACGGUGGAGAUGAUUUCAUCAAUUAUCAUCAUCAUCAUCAUUGUGGGCCAGAGUUUAGGCAUGUUAUCUAG